AUGCUGACCACAAGAAGUGGUGUGAUGGCUUUCCGUGACAGGAGGACAGUCCUCAAGGUCAGAGAGGUGCCCAAUGGCACGGUGGCCAGCAGGCUGCCUAGUGGGGCUGCUCGUCCUGCUCCAAGACACCCAGCAAGGAACCAGUUCCCUCCUGGCCCGUGCCCACUCCCCAUCCUUGGAAAUCUGCUGCAGUUGAAUUUCCAGCUUCACCCAGAGAAGCUCGGCAAGCUGGCCAGGAAACAUGGCAAUGUGUUCACUGUGUGGUUGGGGUCAACGCCAGUGGUUGUACUGAAUGGUUUCCGGGCUGUGAAGGAUGCCUUGGUCACUCAUUCAGAGAACUUUGCUGAUCGGCCAACUACUCCCCUCUUUGAGGACCUGUUUGCAGACCUGACCACCCUACACAGCCUGGGAAUGGGCAAGAGAGCCCUGGAGCGGCGGCUGCAGGAAGAGGCGCAGCACCUGGUGGAGCUCUUUCGCAGAGAGAAUGGCAAAUCCUUUGACCCCCAUGCUCCCAUCGUCAGGGCAGCAGCCAACGUGAUCUGUGCUCUGGUAUUUGGGCAUCGCUUCUCCCAUGGGGAUCCCUUCUUCCAAGAGCUGAUGAACGCAAUUGACUUUGGGCUGGCCUUUGUCAAUACCACCUGGCGCCGGCUGUAUGAUGUCUUUCCAUGGCUACUGUGCCAUCUCCCUGGACCUCACCACAAGGUCUUUCGGUAUCAGGAGAUCGUGAAGGGUCUCAUCUGCCAGGAGAUCCAGAGCCACAAGCAAAGGGCACCUGAGGACGCAGAGGACUUCAUCAGCUGCUACUUGGCUCAGAUCACUAAGAGAAAGGAUGACCCUAUGUCAACAUUCAAUGAAGAGAAUUUGAUCCAAGUAAUCAUUGACCUGUUCCUUGGGGGCACCGAAACCACAGCCUCCACCCUGCGCUGGGCGCUGCUCUACAUGAUCCGUCACAGAGAUGUUCAAGAAAAGGUUCAGAAGGAGCUGGAAGUAGUCCUGGCUUCAUCCGAGGUGAUCAGCUUUGAGGACCGGAAGCGCUUACCUUACACCCACGCCGUCCUCCGUGAAGUGCAGCGCUUCUGUAGCGUCAUCUCCGUGGGCGCUGUGCGCAAGUGCGUGACAGCCACUACUGCAUAGGGAUUCCCCAUCCACAAGGGCACAAUCAUCUUACCCAACCUGGCCUCUGUGCUGUAUGACCCUGAACACUGGGAGACCCCAUGGCAAUUCAAUCCCAGACACUUCUUGGAUGAUGAAGAAAACUUUGUGAUCAAUGAGGCCUUCUUGCCCUUCUCAGCAGGUCACCGGGUGUGCUUGGGGGAGCUGCUGGCUAAGGUAGAACUCUUCCUGGUGUUUACAAACCUGCUCCAGGAGUUUCAGCUGCAGAUUCCUGAGGGGGCCUCUGGGAAUGAGCGAGAUUAUAUUUUCUGGGGCACGCUGCAGCCCCAGCCAUACAAAAUCUGUGCCAGCCCUCGUAGGGGCUGGUCUUGA